AUGACAAGAUCCUCAUCCCCCAAGGCUAACUGGCAAGCCCUCGUCGCAGUAAAACGCAAGCAACUCGACUCUCAAAUCUCAUCUGAAUGGCGUCUCAGCGACGACAUCCGAGCCUCAGCUCCCGCAGACGGCCAUCUGAUCGAGGCCGGCAUUGUUCGCCGAAGCGGAGUCCUCUCUGAUAAAGAGUUAGAUAUCACAGAGAACUACUCCGCGGCGGACCUAUUACAGAGACUUUCAGGUGGAGAGUUUAGGUCAGUGGAUGUCACGACAGCAUUCUGCAAACGGGCGGCCAUUGCGCAGCAGCUGACCUCUUGUUUAACAGAGCAUUGGUUUGAUAAAGCCAUUGAACGCGCUCAAUUCCUGGACGAAUACCUCCAACGAGAGAAGAAGGUACUAGGCCCGCUCCAUGGCCUUCCCAUCAGUAUCAAAGACAGUUUCUGCGUUGAAGGCAUCCAAAGCACAGUUGGAUAUGUCUCGCUUCUUCAGAAGGAACCAGAGUCGCAUAAUUCGGUCCUAGUUGAGAUGCUCCUCGAUCUAGGCGCAGUGCUUUAUGUGAAGACCAAUAUUCCACAGACGAUGAUGACCGGUGAUUCCGACAACAAUAUCUUCGGCCGGACCCUAAACCCGCAUAAUACGAAUCUAACAGCCGGAGGAUCAAGCGGUGGAGAGGGUGCUCUGAUAGCCCUCCGCGGCUCGAUCCUAGGUAUAGGAACCGACAUCGCAGGGUCAAUCCGCAUUCCAUCUCUCUGCUGCGGCGUGUAUGGCUUCAAGCCUACGACCGACCGAGUUCCCUGGGGCGGCCAAGUAGCAGGUCUAGCCAUGGAGGGUAUCCCAGGCAUAAAGCCAUCAGCGGGUCCUCUGGCGCAUAGUCUGGAAGAUAUCGAGCUCUUCAUGGCCACUGUUCUCAAUGCAGAGCCCUGGAAAUACGAUGCCACUGCGAUUGCAGCACCAUGGCAAGAUCUUCCACUACAUGAGAAUGGCUCGCAAGGAAAGUUAACCAUCGGCAUCUUGCCCGAGAGCAAGGACUUCCCAUUGCAUCCUCCUGUCCGGAGAGCCCUACAGUCGGCGAUAACCGCUCUAUACGAACGAGGCCACCGCAUAGUCCAACUCCCAGAUGACCCCUCGCGAGAUCUUGCCUAUGCAAGCCGUCUAGCAUUCCAAUACUUCACAUACGGACCACACAUUGACCAUAUCGCAUCCAGCGGUGAACCGCUUGUGCCCUCCGUCGCUAAAAUGGCCUCGCCGAUGUUCACGGGUCCGUUUCCGGUUGAUAUGGAACUUCCUCCAUUUGAAAAGAUCAAUGCGCUGCAUACCGCGAGACAGGGGUACGCUGAUGCGUGGCGCAAGUGCUGGGUUGAGAACGGGCUGGAUGUUGUUCUUGUCCCUGGGGCGCAGAAUACAGCUGUUCCGCAUGAUACAUUUGGGUGGCCUCCUUAUACGGUGGUGUGGAAUUUACUUGAUUACCCUGCGUGUAUUAUCCCUUACGGCAAGACUUCGAAGCAACUUGAUUCUGUUCCUAUGGUUAUCAAUGACGGCGUCCAGCCUAGCUACGACCCUGAUGCCGUUGAUGGAUCUCCCUGCGCCAUCCAGGUCAUAACUCCACGCCUCCAGGAUGAAAAGUGCCUCUACGCGGCGCGGAUUAUAGACCAGGAUAUACGAUGA